AUGUAUAACACAAAUCAUGAGCAGCCCAACCGCAAAAAUGAAUGUAAACAAACAUCGACUCUUCAAUACAAGCAUUACACACGAAAUCAAAAUCGUACACACGCGGCCAUUAAACUGAACAAAGAACCUUACAAAAACACUAAUCAAGACGUUGACCUAUUUUUAAACCGAGCCCAAACUUCGGACAGUAACUGCUGUGAAUCGGAGAUUAGUGAAAUACUGAGUAAUAGUGUUGGUGAUGUGAUAUGCAGUGAAAAUUGUUCCUUUGAAUUGGUAUUAAACUGUAGGAAUAAUGACGGUGGUAGAAACGAGAGAACUAGUAAUAAUAAAUAUCAUAAAUAUAAGGAGAGUAACGGUGUCCUUAAUAGUAAUUAUAAUAGUAAUAAUAAUAGUAGAAUCGCUAUUAAUAAGACUAGCAGCCGCAACAAUAAUGAUCUUUGUUACAGUAACAUUAUUUGCCAUGACCGAAGUGUUAGCAGUUCUAUCAUAGGACAUUCUGUUGAAGUCGUUUAUAGCAGUCAAGUAGCUAAAACCAGCGAUGAUUGUAUCAAUUGUCAGCCAAUUCUCUCAACUUUUAAUAUUUUCACACACAAACUUAACAGGGCGUUUGGCAACAAUAUCAGAGGUGACGAAGUGGUUAAUCUUGGUUCCGUAUAUAGCACAGCCAUCACACCUUAUAAUCACUCCGUUUUUGAUGUAGAUAUGGAUUACACAACUAUUCAUUAUCACAUCGACUGUUCUAACACCGAGAGCUUUACUGAUAGUACUGAUGAUGAUAAUCAUAGUAUCACUUAUGUAACACUGGACUAUUAG